AUGCUGUGGCAUGCUGUGGCGAUGAUGCCAGGCAUUCCGUGGUUGACCGUCCAAAACAAGCCCAGCUUCUUCAUGAAGGAGCAGCUCGACCCGCUGAGCGAGGCCGACGCGCCCGUAGUUGCCGCGCACUACACGGGCCUCGUGGAAAAGUACCGUAUCGAGCUCGAUACGCAGAGGCAGCAGGCACAGCAGUUUAUCCAGGUGCAAGCGGCGCAAAAGGCGAAGAGUGGGCUGGUCUGCAAGGGGCAGAUAGGGGCCGUGGAGGCGGCGAUGCUGUACAUCAUGAUCCGAGAGCACAAGCCCGCCGAGACGAUCGAGAUCGGCGCCCUCUGCGGCUCGUCGACGAGAUGGAUCCUUGCCGCGCUCGAGCGCAACGGCCACGGCCACCUGACCACGUACGACCUUCACGACUACACACCGAGCUUCGUGAAUCGCUCGUUCGCGCCGUCGGUCCUCAAGCACCGAUGGUCGUUCGUUCAGGGUGACGCAAUCGCCGCGCUUGAUAAGGACGAUGUACCAUUCGACGCCGAGCUGCUCUUCAUUGACGCCCUCCACCGCAACUCGUUCGCUCAGCUCUACACCGACCGGCUGCUCCGCAAGGCGGCGGCGGCGAUCUCGCACCCUCUCCCCGUCUUUGUCCACGACAUCUUCUCGCCGUUCAUGAUACCAGCCUUCAAGCACUGUCAAACCGACAUGUCGCUCGCCACUCUCCGGACGGAGGUCGACUGCAUCCGCCGAGCGGCCAAGGCCACAAGCGGCAACCGGCUCGACCUCCUCUACUCGGAGAAGCAACCGGGCGGCGAAGGCAUAGAGCUCAUGGCGUGGCUUGCUCGCACUGCUCGAUCUAAGGCGUUCGUCACGUUCUCCAUGUACGCUGCGCCGGCCGUCUCGAGGUCCAUCGCACGUGCGCUGCACCGCCCGGACGACGCUGCGAACAAUAACCCGGCCAUCUUCUUCCUCAUAAAGCCAGACAAGCACUAG